UUCUACAUACUAUAUUAUCUUUAUGUUUACACACAAACCUGCCCAUGCCAGAAUAUGAUGAUUACUAUAUAUAUGAGUACAAGAAACCCCUCAAAUCCUAAGUUGUCUUAGAAACUCAUCCUCUCACAUAUACAUACAACUCUCUCUCUCUCUCUCUCUCUCUCUCUCUCUCUUUCUCUCUUUCUGGUAACAUGGCAGCUGGUGCAAGAAGCUUGGAGCCUCUGAUACUGGGUAGGGUUAUAGGGGAUGUUGUGGAUGCCUUCACUCCCACAGUGACAAUGGAAGUGACAUACAACACCACCAACAAGAGAGUCUGCAAUGGGCAUGAGUUUUUCCCCUCUGCUGUCAACUCUAGACCUAGGGUUGCCAUAAAUGGUGCUGAUUUGAGAACUUUCUUCACUUUGGUGAUGACUGACCCUGAUGUUCCUGGCCCUAGUGAUCCUUACCUGAGAGAGCACCUCCAUUGGCUAGUAACUGAUAUUCCAGGCACCACAGAUGCUACUUUUGGCCGAGAAGUGGUUACCUACGAAACUCCGAAGCCAAACAUAGGAAUCCAUAGGUUUGUGUUUGUUCUGUUCCGACAAACACGGAGGCUGUCCGUUACCCCGCCGUCAACCGCCGCCUCUUCCCGGGAUCACUUCAACACGCGCCUCUUCGCCGCCGAGAACGGCCUCGGCGAGCCGGUGGCCUGCGUCUUCUUCAACGCCCAACGGGAAACCGCCGCAAGACGCCGCUAACCGGCCAUCUACCCUACCCCCCCUCCC